UUGAUUUUUUGCGCCCCGAUAACAAAUAAACAAAAAAGUGUUUUCCUCCAUCACAUAGAUGGUGUUUGGGAGCAGAAGACGCCCCCCGAGGUGCGCCACUCGCAGCUGCUGUCACCGCUUUCCUCCCCGCUGAGUCUCUCGACGCGCAUUGGACGGACUGACAUGCGUAAGCUCCAGACAGUGCAGCCUGUAGUCCGUCCGUCCACACAAACCUAGGCACGGAGGUUUGGAACCGGACUUUGGGGAAACAUCUGCACCACUUGGUGCCAAGGUCUAUUAAGAAGUGGCAGAAGAGGAGCGCGGCCGCUGUGACGGACUGCUGCAGAGCUGCUGGAGACUUCCCGGGGCGCCAGGCUGGAACGCAGCACAUCUACCCUGCUUGUUAAUGCAACUUGAACUUUUCUGUCUUUACAUAUUCCACCAUACAUGAUACCGGACGGGAGAUACUUCGAUUCGUUCCAAAGUGUUGGACUUCAAGCCUCUUCGCCAAAGACAACUUCGGGAAUCUGCCACGCAACAUUUGCUGUUUUUGUUGUUUUUAGGGGGGUAAAACUGCUUCUACACUCCCUGAAAAUAAUGGUGAAAAUGCACCUCUGCAGAUGUUUCAUUGUUUAGCAGUGCAGAUGCAAGAGAGACUGAUGCAAUUCUCUAAGCUUUUCGUUUCUGACAGAUUUAAAUACGAAAUUAGACAUUUGUGAAUCUGCGUCAAAGCCAGCCCAACUUCCUGGAUGAGGCGUCCAAAAUAAUUUUGUAUAAACGACGCUGGAUGUGGGAAUUUGCUCCACAAACUAAGAAUUUUCCACCUGCAGAUCAGUUUUGAAGGGAUUUUUUUGUAUUUUUUAUUUUUAUUUUUUAUUAUUAUUUUUUUUUUGUUUCCUGAAGGUUUAAAGAAACAUGUUGCACAUCCUGAUACUUCAGUCGGUGGCAAUACUUUGGGGAGUAGCUGACUGUCGAGUGUUGGAGGCCUUGCAGAGAUACUCCUCCAUCCCCACCUACCUGCCUGUCAACUAUCAGCUGCUAAAUGCCGACUUGGCUUUUUUCCUGAAGGAGGCCAACCAGGACUUCAUGAGGAACUCUAGCCUAAUGACACGGACUGAGCCUUUCUUCAUCUACCAGGCCAGAGCUCUGCCCUCAGUGAAUGCCAGCUAUGGGCCUCUGUCUGUGGAGCAGCCGGUCCCUAUCGAACUCCUGCAGAUCCCAGGGACGUUUCCUGCCUCUUCUGUUUUUACCUUUAACUGGAAGGUGCAGACAUUUAUCAUGAAUACACAGAUUAAUUUGGCUAAGCCCAGAGUCCAGGUGCUGUUUUAUGUUGCAGGCAGGAACUGGGAUGACUACAGCACAAUUGACAAGCUGCCCUGUGUACACAUGUUUGCUUUCCAUGAAACCCAGGAGGUACGUGGCACCUGCCAGCUAAAGGGAGAGCUGGGACUGUGUGUGGCUGAGCUGGAGCCCCUAGCCAGCUGGUUCAGCCCACCUAGCGUGGUGCCAGGACGCCAGAGGAAUGUGGAAUUGUCCGAGGGCACACCGGUGGAGCUUUACUACAUGCUGCAGUCCACAGAAGAAGGAGAUUGCCACACAGAUGAGUUCAGAAAGGACAGCUUCACUCGUUCAAGCCAGCAGGGGAUGUUUGGUUCCCACACCUCCACACCACUGAAGAGGAUUGGAGGAGUGAGGCUGUACCAGAAUGCCCCUGAGCCCCCUCUUACUGAACAUAGACUGGAUAAUAACUUCAUGGUGAUGAUUCCAGCCACGCCCAUGAGACAGAGGGAAACCGUGUCUGCUUUUAUCUCCGUUUCUGCCUACUCCACUGUGGAGAUGUUCACCCUCAGAGUGAAGUUAAAAGAGGGAGUGACAUUUCUUGGGGCUCGCCCCAGCAACCCCACUCAGUGGAUCGUCAGCCAGGAUGUGAGGAGUGAAGGCCACCGUGUGGUGACUCUCCAUUGCCGCAGGAAGGAAUCCACCUACGACAAGCAGAGAUCUGAGAUGGGAGCUCAGAGGGUGCUCCAGGUAGAUCUGAAAAUGGAAAGCUUCCCAGAGCUGACAGGCAGUCGCUGGAUGGCCUGGCAGGUGGCGUACCCAUCCAGUCGCUCCACCACACAAGAGGCUGAGACGGAGAUCCGCCUGGCGCGGGAGGAGCUGGCCGGCAUGGUGCCUCUGGCCAUGGACAGUGAGAUUCUCAACACGGCUGUCCUGACUGGAAAGACAGUAGCCGUUCCAGUCAAGGUGGUGACCAUCGGAACAGACGCCUCGGUAACGGAUGUCUCUGAAGCGGUGACGUGCCGCACGACGGAUGAGGAUGUGGUAAAGGUGUCCGACAGGUGCGACUAUGUUUUUGUGAAUGGCAAGGAGAUGAAGGGCAAGGUGAAGAUGAUGGUGAAUUUCACUUAUGAAUACCUGGACGCUCAGCUGGAGCUCAGCGUUUGGAUUCCUCGCCUUCCGCUCCAGAUCGAGGUGUCGGACACGGAGCUGAGCCAAAUCCGGGGGUGGAGAGUUCCCAUCGCUGCUUCGGGUCAGAGGUCUACAUGGAACAGCGAAGAUGAGGAUGAUGAAGACAGGAGAGGGCGCAGCUGUACUCUGCAGUACCAGCAUGCCAUGAUCAAAGUCCUGACCCACUUCAUUGCUGAGUCAGCAGAUCCACGAGGACAGCCCGCCUUCCUGCUGGGCACUGACUGGCAGGUGGACAUCACAGAGCUCGUUUGGGAAUUCUUGAAGGUUGAGAAUCCACAGAUCGCAAAGCUGCUGGAGAGGAGGAUUUUGGUUGGACUGGACAUGGGAAUGACCACUAUUCAGGUUUUGUCUCCGCUGUCGGACUCCAUCCUGGCAGAGAAAACUGUCAUAGUGCUGGACGACAAAGUGACCAUCACAGAACUGGGGGUUCAGUUGGUGACGGGCCUCUCCAUGAGCCUGCAGUUAAGUCCAGGAAGCAACAGGGCCAUCCUGGCUACAGCCAACACACAGGAAGUCCUGCAGAACCCCAAACAGGAGGCCCUAAUCAGUGCCUGGCUCCAGUUCAGCGAUGGCUCCGUAGCUCCUCUAGACCUCUACAAUCCAGACUUCUUUGUCCUGACAGCCACCUCCCUGGACGAGGAGGUGGUGACGGUGCAGCAGGACCCCUCGUGGAAAUGGCCUGUCAUUGUGACACAGGCGGAGGGACAAGGUCUGCUCAUCAGGGUGGAAAUGACGGUUUGCGAAGUUUGCCAGAAGUUCAAGCGCCGCAGCAUCCUGGCAGCAGGGAACUGCAAUGUCAGGGUGAAGUUUGGUUCUAGUGACAGCUCCAGGGGAGGGGGUGGUGACUACAGCCCAGACGGAGAUGAUGUGGGGAACAGAGACAGGCUGUCCUCCUCACAGGACAGGACUGGUCCCGACUCGCACUACUACGGAAGCUCCAUCUCUGACAUAGAGGAUGGGGUGUUGAGGAGAGCAACCACUACCAGAAGCGCAAUAAUACGCAGACCUAACGGUGGUAAACUUUUAGAUGACGGUAGCCAGAACACGCCUAUUGACUUUGCUGACUCACCUGCACAAGUAGAUCUCCCACAUGGACACAACAUGGAAGAUGACCUCAUUCAGAGCGGUCGCGGGCUCACCGACCUAGAAAUCGGCAUGUACGCCCUGCUGGGGGUUUUCUGCCUCGCCAUUCUGGUCUUUCUUAUUAACUGCAUUUCCUACACCCUCAAAUACCGCCACAAGGAGCUCUCCAUUGAGGGCCAGGAGAGCCUGAACCAUGCCCAUGACUGGGUAUGGCUUGGCAAUGAGGCAGAGCUGCUAGAGAGCCAAAUCAGCCUUGCCCCUCAGCAGGAAGAGCAGACCUCCAUGAUGGACUCGAGUAGCGGUAUUGAGGAGGGCAGCCACCUGCUGAACGGAGGCUCGGUCCAGAAGAACGUGCAGGGACAGGUGCACUGGCCGGCAGACACAGUGAAGGACAGCAAAGGAGACUCCCCCACUACCAAGAGGAAAAGAGUCAAGUUCACUACAUUCACCGCUAUUACAUCAGACAGCAGCUACACCACCGUCAACACACGCACUGGAGCCCACGGCCAGGAUAUUAAGUGGGUGUGUCAAGACGUGCAGCUGGGAGACUCAAAGGAGCUGCGCAAUUACAUGGAAAGUUUAAAUGACAGUGCUUUAAAAGAGGCGGCAUAAUAAACUGUGCACUUGUUUCACCCUUUUGCCUUCCAGAGGAAAGUGGGUCUUAGCAGACCCCUGUCAAGUGGAAGAGGAGGACAUUUAACACAGAAUCACCCCAAACUGCCACGGGCCAAUCAGACGAAGAGGAUUCCACUGACACAUAUGAGGAGACCAGGUGGAUCUUUUCCCAUUAGCUCUGUUAUUAUUGCAGACUUUUGAACAACGUACUGAGUCCAGGAUUCAUGUGGCAUUCUGAUGGAUUUGGAUACAUUCAGAACACGUGUGCACACGAGCUGGUUUUGGAAGUUUUGUAUCACAUUGCAUAGAAAUUUUGUACGUCCUCCUUCUGUGGAAGAAUUCUAGAAAAGGUCAAAGCAGGCCGAGAGGGAUUUCUGCAUGCCGAUGGGUAAAAUACAGGCACAAGUUCCCUUUUUUAAGAAAAUAAUAAUAAACCUCCUUAGCAAGGCAGAAAUCUGUUAUGUAAAAACAAAACAGUCUCUAAACCAUUGUAUUGUUGCUCUGUAUAAUGUAUUUUCAUAACAAUUAAUGAAUACACAACAGUGUCAAGCGUGUGUAGCAGCAUUUAUUGAUUGCACUAUCUACAAGGCCAUUCAUUUGCAUUCUCAGCAGGUAAAGAUGGCUGACAGGAAGCCUAGUUUAUGAGAUGCAUUUUAACCACAAACGUCUGUCCAAGGUGAGCAGUGGAAGGAAAUUCAUCUUGUCCAUUAGGGCGUGAAUGUGUAGGAGCUUUCAAACUAAAACGCUUGACAAUGUGAUAAUGUGAAAUUUCACACAACCCCCUCACAAUUUUGAGGUUUGUGAGUUUGUCACUUUUUGAAAAUAACUUUUAAUGUCUCGACGGUCCUUCAGUAGCAGAACAAAUAAAGGACAAAUCAGAAUUCACUCAGAGCGCGCUGGAAUAUAAGAAAUCAUUUCAGUACAAAAUGUAGACCGUUUCUCUGUUUUCCUCCAAACGUGCAGAUAAUUGCACUAAUAAUAAUAAUCACGUCUUAUUACACUCUAAGCAAAAGCAUUCAUCUGAGAAAUUAUUUCUCUAUUUUCCACUGGAUGUUAUUAUCUUCUCAGUGGGGUUGGUUAAUUGUGUGUUAUUCCUCAUGAAGCAGAAAAAUGCUCUCAUUGGUUGUUAGAACAUGGGAUCUAAUUGGUAAUCAGAAAAACUUGAGCCUUUCAGAUUAAGGUAGAUUUCUGCUUCAUAAUCUUUAGGGUUGGUAGCAGAAAAUACAAUUGUUUCGUCAACAACUAGUCAAUUAAAAUAAGCUAGUGAAAUCAAAACAUUUAUGUUUUUUUAAGUGUCUAAAACUGGAAAGCAUGCAGCUUUGUCAAGGUGGCUUAAGGACCCUAAAAUUGGAGCUUAAACUGUCUUCAAUGCUAAAUUACAAAGGAAACAGAGAUCAGUAUGACAACAGUAAGACAAAGUUAUUUACAAAAAUGUAAGAUCUAAAUUCAGGACUGUUGUGUUUGUGGUGCAUUCUCAUGCAGCUUUCCUCCUGAUCUAUUCCCAUUUUUCCUGCUGGCCCCCCGUUAGCCAUGGGGAAUGAAGUCGCCGUCUGUGUGCAGCGUGCGGGGAUUGGAGCUGCUGCACUCACCCUGAGAAGAGCCUUAUGGGAUGACUUUAACAGUCAGCCACAAGAUUGAUGGGGGUCUUUUGUAAUUAAAACACCUUUGUGAUUGUUACCAUGACCAUCAUCGAUGGCGUCAGCCUCUGCAGGUAGGAACAGAGCAACGCAGGCCAGUAAAGACCCACCGUGUUUAUCCUCCUGAGCUUUAGAUGUGUUCGCACCUGCUGGGAUGUGGCAGGAUGUAUGACUGAAUUCACUUCCGAUCCUCCGGUGGGGUAACUCGACUCAGUUUUGUUGGCCUUGAAGUCUUGACUUCCUUGAAAGGAAAAGGGAGAGAGAGAGAAAGAAUCUCCCCAGGCUUUCAUCUUAAAUGGAUUUUUAAUUAAAUUGAUGAUGUGAGACCAACAAACUCUUACUAAUGGUUGGCUGUGCUCCCUGUGGUCCUAAUGUGCGAGGCCCGCAUUUACAAUUUCCAAAUAAUUAUUCGCUGUGUGAUUUAUGUUGCCUCCUUGAAUUCCUUUUAAAAGUUGGUUCGCAGUAGUUUUACAACAGCUGAAAACACACAAAUGCAACAUUGGAGGGGAGCGAAUGAGCAGGACCCGACAAGGUCAGGCCGACACGCUGGGCUGACCAAGUGUUUUACAGAUGAUUCCACAGGGACCUACAGUAAAGACAGCACUGUUCAUAAAAACACCCCUGUGCAAAGUGUGUGUCCUGAAAUACAAUCUGAGCAGUACAUCACAGGUGGGGUACACACACACACACACAGAAGGGACCAUCUUUUCACUAAGUUAUAUGUAACACAAAGACAAAGCUCCAAAAAGAUAAGGCUCAAAAGACUGUUAUAAAACUGCUCAUUGAUACCCUCGCUGUAUGUCAUUUAAACCGUGCCCCCAUUUGUACCCAACGAUAACGCACAGUAACCGGUGGGAGAUGGGUUAGGGUUCCAACCAGCGGGGUAAAAAUGAUUUCUACUUCCUACAACUCUGCACAGGAUCAAGUUACUUUAUGUAAUAGUUAAAGUGAUCACUUAUCAACACCAGACAGUUUUUUUUAUUUAUUUUUUGCAUUGCUUCAAUUUUUGGAAUUUUGAUUUAUUUCUUAUUCAACAACAUUAGAAACACGAGUGAACGUGUAAAGCCUUGUUCACAGCGCAUAUGGAAAAGAUUUGGUCUGGUUUUCUUGUGGCUUUCUCGUAGACCUAAAAUCAUUUAGUCUUAUCAGAGCGUUCUCGCCGGCUGUGGUGUGGCGGAUGCAGAGCUCUGGAAAGUUCCUGCAUCGAGUCUAUUUUAUCCAGACACCGCAUGCAGAUUGUCAUGAAGUUAAAGAAAUUGCUUGAGCCUAAAAGGAAGUGAGAUGUGGAACCGUGAGGUACAUCCAGUAUAUUUCAAAAUAAAACCUGUUAUUUUUGCCAGCUCUUGUGGAAGUAGAUAUCUGGAGAUGAUCCGCCGUCUGUAGCAGUGCGUCCAGAAGUUUUAAGGAAACCGGAUCGCAUCCUUUCCAUGCUAGAUGCUAACAAGGGGUAGCUGAAGCCACCCUGAAAUAAUGAAAUAACUUAAGGCCAUUAUUAAAGACCUAAAACCAUAAUAUUCUAUUACUUUUAUCAGUAAAAACAUGAAUAAGUAUUGCUGCUAUAAAGGCAGAAAAGAGCUGCUAUGGAAGCCUGGAUGUCCAAGUAGAAGAUGGGGAAAAAUAGUUUUUUUUCACUCGUCAGUGCUUGUAAUUACAAUGGUAUGGAAAAAUAUUCAUAUGCUGCUGAUGUGAAAAGCCAACUUUCUGUCAUCAGCCAUGUUGUUUUUAAUGAUCACUUUGAGAAAAUUUUGAAGAUUCGGUUUUAUGAGACUGAAUAGACACCCUACCUAACCACUCCGUUGAACCAUUAGGGCAGUUCCCAUACCAGACAGUCAUAGAAGAUGUCAGGACACUGUCCAACACAUAGAAGGAAAAAAAAAAAACAGCAGCAUUCGUGCUGGCACUUGUCAACCUCCUCAGAUGGAUAAUAGCUCAAUCAUAGUGUAUGAAAUACACAUAUUGACUGCUUCCAGAACGUGUACUCAACUAUUUUUGAUGGAAACAAAAUAGAGAUGUUUUGGGUUUCUGAAAAUAUAUGUAAAAAAAGAUUAAAACUACAAAAGCACAAUUGAGCCAAGAGACAAUCUACUGUGGUUUUUAAUUGGGCUUUAAAAUAAAACAAUGUACUAUUACGUUUUAGUUACUGGAAAAUGUGAAACUGUGUGUUUUGUUUUCCAUUUGAUCGCUAACAGUUAGGCACAUAGACGCUGAAUAUGCUGGUGAAGGUUCUCAGUCGUCCAGGUCAUGGUAAUCCAAAAGGGUUCAAAUGAAGGCAACUGAACUUCUUUGAUUGCUUGAAGACAUUUCACUUCUCAUCCGAGGAAUUUUGUCAAUUCUGACUGGAAUAUGGGAGAGUCAAGUUUAUAAGCUGUAACUGUCUAUUGUUGUUAAAUGAGCAGAAACUCACUUUGAAUAUCCCUCCCCCCUAUGCCCUGAAAAGUGGUUAGCCGCUAUUGUGAGGGAGUCGUGUUGAUAAGAUUCAAGAAGGUGUGACCUAAACGGAAACUGCUUAGGAAUGAGAUUCAAAGCUGUGUUACUGCAAAGGUGAAUAUCUAAGCCCCCCUCCCCUAUUUAAAAUAGUUUUUUCACAUUUGACAUAGAUUGCUUCCUUACUCCUCUCUCAAAUCAUCUAACUUCCCUGUCCAGAGUGUGUACUUUGUCAUCUUCAAAGGUCUGUCCUUGACUGGUGCAGAAAGUAAAAUCAGCAGAACCCCACACAGGUCAACAUAAACUAAAUAUCAGCAUUGACUCAAAACUCCAACAACACGCUCUAUAAACUUCAGUAGGCAAUAAAGUUUUAGAUAUCACUAAAAAAGGCAUUCUGAUAUGUUGGACCAGAAAAACAAAAAGGGCAAAAUGCACAAGGGAACAACAAAUCAAGCAGCUCUCUGAGACAGACUAUUUUUUUAGAUACCUUUUAGAGCAGAAGGUCAGAGGGCCACAAAGAUACACCUGGCAGCAAGGCGAUAAGAGAUUUAUCUUGCUACCUGCACUGUUUUAUAGGAGUCAAGUCACAUUCUGAACAAAUAAGAGGCUCUAAACUACAAGGCCUGCUUGUAAUAAUCAGAAUUGGUGCCAUAAAUCCAGAUAAAUGCCUGCUAUCGAAGUGCUUUACGGUUGCUUAUUUCACAGAUGAUGUGUCUGAACGAACAUUUUUUAUUGGUUUUUGUGCUCAGUCCUGCAGAAAACUGUCUGAAGUGACAAGAACAAAUUCUGCAGAACAUGGGGCAGUGAGGAGCUCUAUAUACGGUAUCUGUACAGCUGUAAUCCCCUUCAAGGAGCAGAACAUUGGCAGGUCUGGGUGAUGCCGCAUGCCUCAUCUUCGCUCUAAUCAAACCGCUCCGAUAACUCAGUGGCCUCGUGUAAAUACGGAUGAUUACUUACUGAAGAUAGCUGAUUUGACUAAUUGGCCUUUUUCUGAAAAUUAAUUAGCUCAUGCUAAUUAACAUGUGAUGACACUUUUUAAUCCUCUGAUUACUGGAGCAACAUCUUUGGGAGCAUCUGUGAGCUGCUCAUUACAUAGGUAAGAGUCUGUAAUGCAAUUAAAAGCAGCUUAACAUCCUGCAGAUUAGACCUCCUUAAGGUCCCAAAACAACACACACAGCCGGACAAAGGCCUUAAUAAAGUCAGGGGAAGGCACACAGUUGCUAUUCCCUCUCUUUAUGGCAGUUUGUUUGAUACCAAGUAGUUCUCUUGAAACACAAAGUAAACAAUUAAUUGGAAAAUGUUGGAAAGGGAACCCAGCUGAACUAAUGACAGGAAAGAGAGAGUGGAAGAUCCAGAGGCAGGGCGGUCUGUCAGGUUGUUGUCUGAAGAGGGGGGUGGGGGGUGGGUAUUGCAUGUUUCAUACAGACAAUUCAAUAUACUUUUCAUAUGCAGUAAAAUAAAAAGUUAGAACAACAAAUUAUUUAAAAAUAAAAGACUGAGCAGAAGAAACUAGCUUGCUUUCAAGCCAUCUUCUACCUUUAAUUUUCUUUUCUUUUACGUAGAUUAGUGCUUCAUACGGUCAGCUGAAUUCAGCUUCUGAGCUUAGAGCCUUUUGUUCGAACCAUUGUAUCAAACCCUUUUCUAUGAUACCACCACCUCCGUGUUUCUCCAGUAGAAGGUCCUUAUUGUCACAAAGCUGUUUGCUGAGGUAGGUCCCAAAUGCAGGACAUUCAGGUAGUAGACAAGUAUCCAUCCAUCCAUCCAUUUUCUGUACCCAUUUAUCCAUGCAAGGUCAUGGGGGUCUGGUGCCCAUCUCCAGCGUCUCUGGGAAAACAGGCGGGGUACACCCUGGACAGGUUACCAGUCCAUCGCAGGGAGCAGCCAGGUAAAUGACUUUGAUCUAUUUAUUAUAACCAGUAAGGUCAGGAACACGUACAGGAGGAACAAACAUAACAAAAGGAACCGAAAAACAAUGGCUACAGACUGAGUUUAAAUAACUGAGGAGGAAAACACAAAAUAACUGAAGAAGACAACAAUAAAUCUCAAUAAACUAAAAUUAAACUAUGUUAGAAACUAAAGGCUGAAAUAAACGGGGAGAGACCAAAUGUGGAUAAUAUAACCCAAGGAUAUAAAACAAACUGAAGGCCCGAGUGACAAUGAUAAUAAUCUAAACAGGAAAUAAGGAGCAGGAAAACAUAAUGAGCACUAGGAAAAAGGCUGGACUGAGGGAAGAACUAAAAACUAAUAUGGGGAAGACAACUAAGAGAAACCCAAGGGUAAAAGGUAGCAGGCACAAAGGGAUGCUAAGGCCAAUCCUAAAGCAGAGGAGAAUACAAUAAAACAAACAUGAUCAUCUAAAUGAAUGGGAGAAAGAAUAUAAUCAAACUUAACAAACCCAGAGUAGUCACAGAAAUAACUUUAAUCAGACCGAAGGAAUAAUUAAGAAAAAUUUAAAGAAAUUUAACCAAUGAAAAUCAGACAUUGCUUUUCAACCCUGCUUCAACAGAAUUACAAAAAUGAGGGUACACCUAGAAAAGACUGAAAAUAAUGUGACCAAAGGGACAUGUUAAUUCAAGGUGUGUCCACUAAUUAGCAUCACAGGUAUCUACAAUCUUGUAAACUGUCAGGAGGCCUCUCUAUACAGGGCUCCAGGUAGUCACUGUGUUGUUUGGUGACAUGGUGAGUACCAACAUGUCACCAAACAUGGUGGUACUCACCAUGGACCAGAGGAAGUGAAGGAAAGAGUUGUCUCAGUCAUAGACAAGCAUGUUAAGGUGAAGACUAUAAGACCAUCUCCAAGCAACUAGAUGUUCCUGUGACUACUGUUGCACAUAUUAUUCAGAAAUUUAAGAUCCCUGGGACUGUAGCCAACCUCCCUGGAUGUGGCUGCAGGAGGCUCUGUUAUGCUCUGAGGCUGCUUUGCUGCAUCUGACACAGGGUGACUUGAAUCUGUGCAGGGUACAAUGAAAUCUCAAGACCAUCAAAGGAUUCUAGAGAGAAAUGUGCCGGCCAGUGUCAGAAAGCUUGGUCUCAGUCGCAGGUCAUGAACAAUAACCCAAGAAUAGCUCAGAGGAAAACAUUGAACUAUUCUAAUUGUGGCUUUCUAUGAGCCCUGACCUCAAUCCGAUUGAGCAUCUUUAGAAGGAGCUGAAACCUGCCAUCUGGAAAAGGCACCCUUCCAACCUGAGACAACUGGACCAGUUUGCUCAUGAGGAAUGGCCCAAAAUACCUGCUGAGAAGUGUAGACAUCUCAUUGACAGUUAAAGGAAUUGAGUGAUUGCCUCCAAAGGUUGUGCAACAAAAUAUUAGGUUGGGGUAUCAUCAUUUUUGUCCAGGCCUGUUCCAUGAGUUUAUUUUUUUAAAUAAUUCCAUUGAAGAAUUGUUGAAAAGCAAUGUCUGACUUUCACUGGUUACAUUUCAUAAUUAAUUUAUUUAUUACUACUUUUGUUAGAUUCAAGUCAACUCUGUGACCAUUGUGGCUUUCUCUUUCAUUGACCGAAGGUUACCAACACCUUUGUCCAGGUCUGUCUGUUGGCUUAUCUACUGUAUCACCUAAACAGGAAAAAUCUAUUUUACACUCAUCUUUGUUUUGUCUUUAGUGACCUCACAGUUCAUAAGCUUCAAUUUUGAAUUUGUUUAUUUGGGAGGCGUUUGUUUUUAUCUGCUCUUUUCCAUUUCCCACACACACACACACA